AUGAAGAUACCUUGGAAUCUAUUUCAUGGGCUAUCAUCUUCUUUACCACCAAUAUGGGCAACAAUAGUUGCUGGUGUAUUUGUCCUCGCGAGCCUCUCCCUUUCAGGGUUCCUUAUAUUUGAGCACCUUUCAGCUUACAGGAAUCCUGAAGUAUGUUUCCUCUUCAUAUGUUAAUAAACUUCAAAUAGAUCUUCUGUGCACAUGUUGCUUUUCUUUAGUUGUUUUUUACUCUUCCCCGGUGUGUGUGUGUUUUUCUUGCAGGAGCAGAAGUUUCUAAUCGGCGUCAUAUUAAUGGCUCCUUGUUAUGCAAUAGAGUCGGUGAGUCUUUUUAAUAACUUGUGAGUAUUUCUCUUGUAAUUCGCUGAUUUACUAACCCAUAUAAGUAGUGUAGUAGCACCACUCAGUUGUUAUUUCAGUGAAUUUCGAAAUGAUCCGAAAAAUAGUCUUAUUCCAUAAUCACGUAAGUGUAACCUUGACAGAUGUUGUAUCUUACUCAAUUGAAGGAAAGAAUCCUGGCUGUCUAAUACACAAGACUUUUUCUCAUCCCUUUUUUCUUGUCGGAAAAAGGUGGCCUGUACAUGCAAUUUUGUAUAUAAUAGGAUGAACGUUGUGGAUCUAGGUAGCUGAAGUAUAACGCCUCCGUUUAAUCACGCAUGUCUGCCUGGCCUUGUUCUUCUCCCUUUUCUCUAAUGACUUUUCAGUGGGCUUUCUUGUUCAGAAGCUCUGAACUUAAAAUUUCUGGAACAAUGAAGCUAUUUACUAGUACCACACGAAUGUUGUUAUGUAAGGCUGAAGAGAUAAAUUUCUGAAACAUGAUAAAUUUCUGAUUUUGGAUUCAAUCAUUUUUUUAAAAAGAUAUAAAGGGCAAGGCUGAGGAGUUCCGUAGUGACAGCACAUAAGGGCAAGGCAAGUGCCUUUCUCCCUUGGGGUUUAUUUUAUCAUGUUCAGUUAUUGUCUGCAUUUUUUUUGUGAUUUUAUGUUAAAAGCCAUGGGAUGAUCAUUGUUUCUACGAAAAUCAUAAACCUGACUGUUAGUUCAUCAUAAUGAAAGAAAGAACAACAAAAACCUUAUAUUCACUUUCUGAGAUAAAAUGUAGAUGAGACACCUUGCACUCCAAACCAACGUAAACAAAAACUGGUUUUCUAUGACGCCACCGCUAAUUUUUUUUCAUCCUAUCGUGACUUACAUUUAUGCGUUUCAAUGUUACAGCUCUAUGGUCCCAUUACCUCAGUAAUAAAGUCAAACCGGUUGAUCAGUUUCUGUUUCGUUGAAACAUACGCAAUUCUUAGUUAAUGCAACUCCAAAUGACCUGGUCAUAUUCUAGUUGUAGAAAAAGAAUCUUAAGAAUGUUUCUUUUCUGCUUCUUAGUUUUGUGUUUGAAAAUGCAACGUGGUUUUGUGAUGCAUCCUUUGUUUAGAUCCAUGCCUGUUGUUAUGCAUAAUUUUAUGAGACCAAAUUGUCAAGGCUGUUGGAACAUACAUACUGCUUGUUAUUUUUCUGUUGGCUACUUUUAUCGUUUGUAUUGCCACCUUUGCCACUGAAAGGAAAACAUGAAGAACCACUUGGAGCGUUUUCAUGAUGUUCCUAAUUUUCUCAUUGAUAGUGGGGCUUAAAAAAAUACAUGUUUCUUUCCAUUGCAGUAUAUAUCUUUGGCCAACCCUUCUGUUAGUGUCGACUGUGAGAUCUUACGGGAUUGCUAUGAAGCCUUUGCUAUGUACUGUUUUGGGAGAUACCUCAUUGCUUGCUUAGGUAUGCUUCUGUAAAUAGUCCCUGAAUUUUUUUUAAUUAGCUGUUUUUUUAUUUGUCAUUCGCUAUUGAAAGUCUCUGUUUUUUAUAUCAUGUCAUUAUUGUUAUUAUUUCAAGACCUAGAUUUGUUCAUCUUCUAUUAUUCCCUGAAAUAUUUCCAAUCGGAGAUAAGCCUUGGCAAGGCAUGCUUCAAAACAGAGUUAUGUGAUAGAUCUUUAGCAACACUUUGCCUUAUCGUGUCAUAUUUCAGAAUACCCUUAUCAUGUACAGGUCUGAACAACUUGUUUUAAUUAGAACCUGGACUGGAGAUCUAGUUCGAAUAUGUACUUGCCAAAAUCAGUUGGAACCGGCAAUUCUACAUUUGUUCCAGUUGUCUCUACCCAAUCUUUGUUUAAUCUAAAGAUGGUGCCAUUUUCACCUUCAUUCGUGGUAACUAAGAUUGCUUUCCGAUGAAAGCCUUCUAGAGUACAAUGAGAAAAAGAAAAAAAUGCAGUGUAUUUUUUUCAGACUUAUUUACGUUUUAUUUGAAAAAUCUCUCUGCUGCAUGGAGAAAAUUUUCAUAGAGAGGACUAGCAAUGGCCAUGAACUCACCCAUGCGAGUAGUUUGGGAUGGUAAUGAUUUUAUUUCACUCUGUAUCUUGUAUCGGAGAUAAUAAUUUAUGUUCACGCAGAUACAGCUGUUCCUUGGCAUAUAAUUAUGGCUGUCAGGUAAUAAUUGUCAAGAAGUAAAGAUACGGGUUCGAUUCCAAAAAACACGAUAAUUUUAGAAAAAAGGGGUCUCGAUCUCUAUUGAAUCUGAAUUGAUGAGCACAAAUGAGCACAAAUGUACUUGUAUUGUUGUAUUGCUUAUGAUUUCCCUUGUUUUUAAAUGUGAACAAGAGGGUCAAUAAAGAUAAUCUUUGAAUAAUCCAGCAAGAAGCUACUUUUCUCUUGGCAUGUACUUUUGAGUCUUGAUCCAUGUCAACAUAGAUGGACCUCAAACUUAUCUGUCAAAAAAAAAUGAUUAUACUACUCAAAAAGCAAGCAGUUUAUCUUCCUCUCCUGAUGCACAAAUACAUGUAUUGUUACGAUACAUUGAAUCGUUUCAAAUAUGAACACACUGUGAAAUAGUGAUUACUACUUUUUAGGGGAAAUUAAAGAACGAAUUUGGUGCAUUGAAGUGGAGUUCCAAUGCACUGGCAUCUAUGUGGGUGUCUAAAAGAGAAAGUUAUGCAGUUCUGGACAUCAAUAUCACCCACUGUGGUAGUUAAAGUGUAAAUCAAAAGGUUCCCUAUGGCUUACCUGUGAUCUCUGCCAGCAGGGACCUUUAGAGGGUUGACUACAAUUUAUAUGAGAGGAUUGAAUUUCUCUCAAGAUUUUCAUAGAGCUAAUAGUUAAGUUAAUGAAUAUUCUUCAAAUUUUUCUUAUAAACUCCUAUCAGUUCGACAUGGAGGGUAGGGCAUUAAAAAUAAUUAAUAAAAAAAUUGGGAACCAUGGUCUUUAGUGCCAAUGGUUUUUCCCGUGUUAUGUCUUCUCAAUUUCUGUUCUCCUCAUGCAAAAGUUCAAAAACUUGGUGUAUUCCACUCCUCGUAGUUGUUCUCCUCAUAACAAAGUUCAGUUUCUGUUCUACUUUAGUAGUUGAUAUCCUGUCAUGUUUUUAUUUCUCUCUAUUUCAAAGUUUUCAGCAUGUUCGUUUAUUUUUAGUUCAUGACACAAUUCUGUUAUUCACCAAAAUUUUAAGCUUGGUAGACCCUGUUGUUAAAGCUAUUUUUCCACCGCGUUACUGGCUACUACUAUUACUAUUUGACCUCCCGUGUUUCCUGAUAGGUGGGGAAGAAAGAACAAUCCAAUUCAUGAGGAGACAAGGUGGCUCUAGUUCUAAUGACCCACUAUUGGCUGACACAUCUGAGAAAGGGAUUAUAAAGCAUCCGUUCCCUAUGAAUUAUAUCCUGAAACCAUGGAAACUUGGCGAGUGGUUUUUUCUCAUCAUCAAGUUUGGAAUUGUCCAAUAUGUAUGCCCGCUCUAAAUUCGCUGAGACUUUGCCUUGAAAUCGUUGCCACCAUUUUUUUUCUUUUUGAGUGAUAUUUUAGCUGUAUAUUUGUAGUUUUUGGUGUGGUGAUUCAAAUCCUAUAAAUUACAUGCCUAACUUCCAUACAGCCUUCGGUGAUGACUGAAAUGUGCAUUCGUUUUUUGCAGAUGAUAAUAAAAACUUUUCUAGCUAUUUUAGCUGUGGUUCUAGAGGCCUUUGGAGUCUAUUGUGAAGGAGAAUUUAAAUGGACAUGUGGGUAAGUUCAUAUAUGGUGAUUUGUGAUGACACUGCAUGAAAUAAACGUCCAUCCCUCUGGCCAAUCCUUAAUGUAGUGUUGUCUGUGGUUCUGUCUCCGUAGAACUGCCCUGCUGGAUGCUAGAUAAACUGCUACCUUCCUUUUUCCUUCUCUUUUUUGACAUCCACUGCCUGUCUUUUAGCCUUAGUACUAAGCACCAGGUAUGUGUCCUUCGCCGGAUGCUGGCAACAAUCUUUGCGGAUGCAGGCCAUGGCAUUGAUAUGAUGAUGUUUUUUCUUCACGAGAUCAGUUAUGAUGUUUCUUUGAGGCGCCAUAUUGAUAGUCAAGCUUUUUUGCAAACAUCUCUUCAAUUUUUUUGUGAGCUCCGAAGCCGCUAGGACGGACAUAAAACGUGCUGCAAAUUCUUGUAGGUACCCAUACAUGGCGGUCGUUCUCAAUUUCAGCCAGUCGUGGGCUCUGUACUGUUUAGUCCAGUUCUAUGCGGCUACUAAGGAUGAGCUGGCUCAUAUAAAACCACUGGCCAAGUUCCUCAUGUUCAAAUCAAUUGUGUUCUUGACAUGGUGGCAAGGGGUGGCCAUUGCUAUCUUAUAUUCUUUGGGUUUGUUCAAUAGUCCUAUAGCUCAGGGAUUGCAGUUCAAAUCAAGUGUUCAGGAUUUCAUCAUUUGCAUCGAGGUAUUUUAAUCAGGUUAAACCUGCUGAUUCUGCACGUAUUCUCCAUUAAUUUUCCUGGAAGUUAUUUCCUCGUAUAUAUGUUUGCUAGUUCUGUACCCUCAACCAUCGUCUUGUUCAGUGGCCAUUUACUCACCAUGCUUUCACCUACCCUUUUCCUUUACGUGCUUUUUUUGGACGCUGGGAAAUAGCUGGCACCUUCGUGUAUGGAUUGAAGCCCUGGGUUUCAAUUAUCUUACGGAAAUAUUCUCAUGAAAAUAUGGUUUCCCUAGUAUUAUGAUUAUUUCUUAAUGCUCAGCUAUUUGAGCUUCACAGCUCCUCGUCAUGUUUAUCUAUGGUUUCUACCCGAAAUGCUCAUCUUUUUCUUCGUUCAGAAACCAGAUGGCGGAGCUCUUCCGCCACUGCUAAAAGACUCUGCUUAAUGACACCAGCCCAAUAGAUUAAUUAGUUUCAUGCAAACCCUUUCAUGUUGCUGUGAGAACCCAGAACCUAAAAAACUUGAAUUUUUUUUUUUUGGCAGCUGGAUACCUUUUUUUUUUACAUAUAAAAUGAGAAAUUUAUCCCCUUCUGGAUCGUUAUGCUUAUGCUGUCUUCUUACCCCUAGAAACCCCUGAUGCCCACCAUUAACAGGAACAGAGCAUGGCGUACAUGUGCACGCAAGGGACUCCAUGAGGCAGUUUAUCUCGAGCAUACACAAUUUGAUACUCUAUGAGAUUGAUGAAUGGAAACCCACCCAUCAUAGUCAUUUCAUCGGUUCAUAUUGAGCAAAGUUCUUCCAUAUUUAGGACAAUCUUUUGCAUGAAGGAGCUCGGCUCACAAGAUCACAGUUUGACGGCCAGCAUGUUCUUUCCAGCACAGAUGGGGAUCGCUUCUGCAGUCCACCUCUACGUGUUCCCCGCCCUGCCGUACGCGCUGAUGGGCGACCGCGUCACCGGCGCCGUCUCAGUGCUCGGAGACUACGUCUCCGUUGAAUGCCCCGUCGAUCCCGACGAAGUGAGGGACAGCGAGCGGCCGACGAAGCUGCGGCUCCCCCAGGCCGACGCCGACGCCGCAGCCGCCGCCGGCAGAAGCGGGAUGAGACUCAGAGACAGCGUCAGAGACGUCGUCCUCGGCGGCGGUGGAUACGUGAGGGCUUCAUCUCCCAUGUGAUUCUAUGAUCAUGUUAAUGAAUGUGGCUUUUUGAUUAUGAUUGUGAUGCCUGCAGAUCGUCAGCGACGUGAAGUUCACCGUGAACCACGCUGUGGAACCGAUGGAGAAGGGGUUCUCGCGCUUCAACGAGAAGCUCCACAAGAUAUCCCAGAACAUGAAGAAGCACAAGGAGAGGAGGAGAGCAAAGGACGACGCCUGCAUCUCCUCGCCGUCCCCCGCUCGGAGGGUCAUCCGCGGGAUAGACGACCCGCUGCUGAACGGUGGCGGCAGCGUCAGCGACAGCGGCGCCGCCGGCAGGGGGAGGAGGCACCGCCGGCGGUCGGGCUACGCGAGCGCGGAGAGCGGCGGCGAGAGCAGCGACCAGGGCUCCGGCGGCAGCUACGAGAUCCGCGGCCGGAGAUGGAUCACCCGAGAGUAA